AUGCCUUCCUUGACAGUAGCAAUCGCCCAAUCCCGCACCCUGCACACCACCCAAUCCACCCUCUCCGCCCUCGAACGAACAACUAAACUCGCCUCCUCUCGCAACGUCCACCUCCUCCUCUUCCCAGAAGCGUACCUGGGCGGGUAUCCACGUACGUGCUCUUUCGGGGCAGCGGUUGGAUCUCGGGCUCCACACGGCCGAGAUCAGUUCCUGGAGUAUUUCAAGGCUGCUGUGGAUCUGGGUGAUACGCCUGCUGGGGCUGGUGAGGAGUGGCUGGGUAGGAAGUUGGAGGUUGCCGUUGGGAAGCAGUAUCGUGGAGAUGGGACGAGGGAGUUUCUUGAGAGGGUGGCGAGUGAGACGGGCGUAUUUAUUGUGACUGGGUUGGUGGAGAGGGCGGGAGGAAGUUUGUAUUGUUCGGUGGUUUAUGUUGAUCCUUUGAGGGGGAUCUUGGGGAAGAGGGAGGAAGGUGAUGCCGGUAUGUCCUUUUUUUUUUUUACUGGUGCCGAACGCAUGAUCUGGGCUCAAGGAUCACCUUCGACUCUUCGCGCGGUGACAACUUGUCUCAAUGGGAUUCCGAUUACAUUGGCUUCUGCCAUCUGCUGGGAGAACUACAUGCCCUUGCUGCGUCAGAGUCUGUACUCUCAAAACGUGAAUAUCUACCUCGCUCCGACGGCUGAUGCCCGUGAUACUUGGCUAUCGCUUAUGCGCACCGUCGGCAUUGAAGGUCGUUGCUUCGUGCUCUCGGCAAAUCAAUGUGUUCGGAAGUGCGAGUUGCCGUCUUGGAUAACCGGGCAAAGGGAGACUGCUCCGUUUCCGGCUCCAGCUCCUGUGCACAGGGAGCACCCGAAGAUGAUGAACCGCAAGCUGUCGAUUACGUCGGAGGGGCCGCAUGAGAUUGUGUGGCCGCAGUGUUCGACUCAGGGGGUGGUGAAUGGUGAGGGUGAGACGGCUCAAGUAUCAUCCCAUGUAUCCUCUCAGACUUCUGAGUAUCUCUGUCGAGGAGGUAGUUGUAUCAUUUCUCCGCUAGGUGAGGUUCUAGCAGGGCCCUUGUGGGAGGUCUGUACGGAUGAUGUGCCCGAUAGCGACGAAGUAGCCGUGCAUUCGAGUGGUGUUCAACCGGCUGCGACUGGGGAUGGACUGGCGAUUGCCCAGAUUGAUGUGGAUGACUGCGAGCGAGGUCGAUUAGAUCUCGAUGUCGCUGGUAGCUACUCGCGCAACGAUGCAUUCAAGUUGACCGUCGAAGGGCUGGACCUGGCCCCGCCGCCCUUGUAA